AUGUCAAAACCAAAACCAACAAAACUCCCACGAGCAACCCUAGAACAGAAAAUCAAGAUCCUUGACUUCUACCACCAAUCGGAUAAACCUCAGCUGGAAACUGUCGAGGCCUUCAGAGACCAGGUGGCCAUUUCCACCCUGACCUUCAAUGAGUGGGUCAAAAGAGAAGACGAGUAUAGAAAACAGUACCAGGCGCUGGAUGGCGAAUUCCAGAAGAACUCUAGACGUAAGACAAAGUUCAAGUAUGAGAAAAUCAACCGCGCUAUGGACCUACUAGUGAAGCAGCGUUUGGAACGAGGCGAGCCUGUUACAGAACCUAUUCUACGAGACUACUGGCAAGUGUACGCGCAUCAAUUUGGCGUAGAUAAUCCGAAGCGACUUUGCCUGUUCAGUCAUGGUUGGCUAAACCAUUUCAAGAAACGCCAUGGAAUCUGUAAGCUGAAAAAGAUCGGUAAUGAUCCCGAAGAGGCGGAUGCGGCUGUCAACUCAACUCUAAACUUUAACAAGAAGCUCCUAACUGGUGCAGUGGCUGACCCAACUGCCGCUUCUCCCGCUGCUGCUUCUGCUACCACGGCAGUUUCUUCCGCUUCUAAUCCGGCUGAUAUGGGGACGAAGUAUGCGCCUGAGCCUGUAGGACUGUUCAAACCGCAGCUGUCCCUUAACUUUGCCCUGCCAUACCCUCGCUUGUUGGAGGACUCCACUGUUUCAGUUUCAGAAACGCCGACUAAUGAUAGCGGUCAAUUGUCGCUGGGCUUGUACGAAACGCAAGCCGGAAACAAGCUUGGCGCAAAUCCAUUUACGCUGGCUGACAUGGAGCGUUUCAUCGAGAACGUGGCUGAGCCAUUUUUCAUAAAAAACCAGUAUGAUUACCCCCAGACGAUGAAAUUGUACCAGGACUUUAAGAACUCCUUUUUGAGCGAGCGCCUCAUAUCUCUUCGGUCGGGUCAGGAAAACUACAUCAAGGCACAAGACCUUCAACGCCGCUCUUCUGUUGCUCAUCACCAUCAUAAAAAUAUUGCAAUUGGAGAAUCGGAGAUUCUUGACCGUUCCAUGGCGGCCCUUUCGCAACAGGACUUAAACAGUGGAUCCUUUUCCAGUUCGGAUCAUUCACCAGCUCCUCAUCGUUUCAAUGGAGGCGUGCCAAUUGAAUUGGCACAGCAGACAGGAAAUGAUAUGACUCUCAUUUCCCAGAGAGACGAGAAUUACUCUAGACGACACAACGAGAACAGAGAUUUGACGCGCGCGUUGGCUGUUUCCAGGCAACAUAGACAUAUGGGUCAUCUGGCAGACCACACACAGAAGGUUUAUGAAGAGCAGGCUCUUCUCACCCAGCAACAGGAGCUACUUGAGCAAAGAAACCGCGAAGAACAACUUCUUCUCCAACAACAGGUUUAUGAAAACCAUCGGCAACCACACACCCAGGCACCUCAUCGUGUUCAACGCGGCCAAAGAGGGCCUCGGCAUCUUCCGCGAGAAGCUCCUCCCCGUCUAGGAAUCCACAAACUUCCACGUCUUGCAGUUGCAGAGAAUGGCACUUCUCCCGUGGCAGGACGAGCUAUCAGUUCCCCAGGGCUGCCGGCAGCUUUAUCGAUUGCAGCUCCGUUCUCGAACUCUCGAGAUGAGAGAUCCGGAUUAGAUGAAAUAUUUGUUCGUCCUGGCACCAGCAAGACCCCUUCGUAUAACGAGGAACGUCAAUGGACGGACAAAUCGGAGCUGCGAAGGAUGUGGGAACAGAACAAGAUUCUUUUAUCAUAG